UUUCUGUCUCAAAUUCCCUGUGCCAGUACGCUGAUGAAAUGUCCUUUUAAGGUGAUCAUAGAAGAAAAGGAGUGGUUCCAUUACUACAAGCCAGGAGACUACUGGAUUACUGGAAUAAUGUCAGGAAUCAUAGCUCGAUUGCAUCAAUUUUCGUUCUCCGAGCCUCCAACCCACCAACUGAAAAGUGAGAACAACUUCUACCACAUUCUGCCCUUCUUGUUGGCUGUUCGUGAAGUCAACCAGAAUUCAAGGCUCUUACCCAACAUCACCCUGGGCUACAACAUGUAUGAGAACUUUUUCAGUGCAAGAAUGACAUAUGAGGCCAUGCUGGAUGUGCUGUCUACAGGACAGGAGAACAUCCCAAACUACAGAUGUGGAAGACCAAAGAACCUGCUGGCAAUUCUUGAAGAGAUGGAUUCUGAACUCUUUGUUCAUAUUUCCAAUGUCUUGAGCAUCUAUAAAAUUCCACAGGUAUAA